AUGCGCAUCUCAUGCUUGCAGGGGACAACUCCAAACUACGCCCCAGCAAGACCUGCGGUACCGGUCAUCUUGAUAGACCGAGUGCAAACUCCUCACUACUAUACUGCUCCUUGGGAUGACAAUCCCAUGAGAUAUAUAGGGCCAAUCCUUGAAGGAGGCCAUCCGGAGGAUCAAAUGGUUUUCGCAUUCGCAAACUCGAAUGAAUGCGUCGUAACUCGCCAGAUGCUGCAGGGUCUCGCAUCUUGGGUGGAACUUGCUAGGUUUUGCUCUGCAACAUUUGAAGGCACCCGCCCUACUCAAAUUGUCGGAAGAGUCCAGGUUCAGAUUAUCAUGCCAGAAAACUUGAAAACAACUUUCAUGAAGACACACCACGGAGUUGAUCCGCAAGACGUCUUUUCUGGAGAGCCGCUCGCUCUUGUACUUGGCAACCUUUUGGCCAGCCAGAAGCCUGGCAUGACCCUAGAAAUUAUUCUGGAGAUGGCGGAUGGCUCCAAAUUAAACUUCUCACAGAUACCAAACGAAUGGAAGCAUUUGCCUGCCCCGCAAAUCCCGGGUCUCGUUCGCAUUACCUUAAAGACAAUCGCGAAGCCUGCUGGACACUAUGCCGAAACAAAUGCGGGGACACUUGCCGAGCUGUUGGCUAGCUUAAACAUCAGCGGAAGCACUCCAUUCUCCCAACUUGUCGGAAAGAUCACUGGAGAGAUUGAAGGCCCUACAGGAAUGAAGAUCCCUUCCACCGAUAUACGGAUUGGAGGCCCCACACCUCCCGGAGCUCCUAGACCACAUAUUGAGCUCGAGUUGUUCAGUCCAGAAACUAUUGGAAAAGACGGAUACCCGAUCAACUUUGGUACCAGAGUGCCGUUUGCCCAUGGGGCGGUUCCGGAAACAAUGCCAGUGGAAAGCGUUGUGAAGAUGCUUCAUAACCCAAGCAUCACAGUUAUUACGGCAACUGCGGGAACAGCCGUGCCGUUUACAAGCAAAACCGGCCACUUGGAUGCUUCUUUCGGAGAAGUCGUUACAUGGUUUAAGGACGUACUGGGCAUUGAAGACACACAAUCUAUUCGCAUUACCAUCGUCAUUGACGGCGUUGCAUACAGAGCCCUCCUAAGUGCUGCGCAGCUUCUGGGGCAUACCGUUGGCAGCCUGCUGGGACUUGGCGGUGCCGUAGACCUCGAUGAUUCUCACGACAUAGUCCUCAUUAACUUAGUAGUGAAUGGAACGGUUUAUGAUGAGUCGCCGGGUUCUCCAGUAGACUUUGCCAAGAUUUUAAACAUUCAGGUGCCAGGGAAAGGGCAAGCACCGACGGAUUACAAGUUUAACAUCACUGGACCCGGCGGCGAAGGCGCCCAGCAGUUGAUCCCCGCAGAUUUUAUUCGUCUUCUGCAAGAAGUAGCGGAGAUGCACGGAAAUCCUGGGCUAUCUUUGGUUCUUGCCUUCCUCAACUCGUUAAAGCAAGUCAGCAAGGUUGCUCCGGGGCAAACUAUUCAAAUAGAUACGCAGGCAACGGGAUCGACGGAUUUUAAGCACCCAAACGCCGCUAUCAAUGCUCUCCUUAGUACACCGGCUGGAUCGUUGCCUGAAGGGUCGUACCUCGUCGUAUUCACGGGCACAGGGCCUACCGCGAGAAAAGUAACGGUACCUAUCACGCCUAGCGACAAAGAAAAGACAAUACAGCGUAUGCUGGAGCACCUCAACGUCGCGCUUUCUGGCAUUGCCGAUGUGAAAGUUGUGUCAAAAGUGGAAGAUGGCUCUGUAGACCUUGGCAUCCUCGGUGAAAAUAUAAAACUCCCUUUGCGAUUCAUCAGCUCCACGGAUACAAGCAGUAUAGAUGAUCUUCUCCGGAAGAUGGGGCAACGGUUAGGAAGUAUGCUGCAGGCCGCCCAAGUUCCAAAUCAGCGUGUAAUGCUUCACAGUGUUUUUACAAGGCGAGAUGGAACUUCUUUCUCCGUCGAUACACCGCUGGGAACUACAGAGGAUGCACAGCAGAUGCUGUCGACUGUUUCCUUAUGGCAGCUUGUCCCGGAACAGGCUCAGCAUGAGCACAUUAAGCAUGUCUCAAUGAGUAUACAGGUCGCCCGCACACAAAGCAUUCCGGAGGUCAGGCCGUCACCCGCAUCAGGGACUCCAGCCGGUGUCACGCUUCCUACACAGCAGACCUGGGGAACUCUUUCUGGAGAACCUGCUUCCACAGUACCUGGAUUCUUCAUUCAAGGGCCCGGAGGAAAACGCACAGAUCUGGCAGAAGCCGGAGAGAAGUUGGUACGUGUAUUCCUCCGCGAAAACGUUACGACAAAGGCAACCUGGAGCCGCGUAUUCUGGGGGACACAGACGCCGUCCGGCUGCGUUCCGAAAACAGAAUUCCCCUACUACAUGGUGAUGAGCACAAAGCUUGGCAACAUUCCGGUUCCCAAAGGCAGGGAUUGCAUUGUUAUAAUUCCACUAGACCAGAAGGAUUUCGAAGUUGGAUAUCUUUUCCACGAGCCUGCAGUGCAAGUGCCCACUGCAGGAGGCAGAAAACUUUUCCAUGUCCACAAUAUGGAAGAGAAUGCUGUCAAGCAGCCACUUACAGGACUGAUUGGCAAGACAGUCGGUUGGGAUGUUGUUUCAAAAAUACAGUCAUGCCUCGUCACCAAUCCGCAAGCGCCUUUUACGUGUGAUGACCCACUUCCAGUAGAUGCAGAGAGUGAUACACUGGCAACGCUUUUGGGCAGCUCCCGCUAUCUGCUUGUCACAACAAAGAGUCCACAAGGGGUGGCCUUCGUGCAGAAGAGCCCAUUCCUCGCACGCAUCAAACGUGUCCAGAAUCUGAGACAAAGCUCGCACUGA